UGGGAUAACUAAACACAGAUAUAUAGAGACUACUUUAUGUUUGCUAAACAAUCAAGAUGAAAGUAACUUAGUAAGUCCAUUUAUUCCUUCUCAUAAGAAUCAAAAGCAUUUAUGUAAAGAAACAUGGACACACAUAUAAGGUAGUUGUGUGCAAACUCUGUUUUUUCAAAGGACUUGAAUAUGGAAAGUCACACCAGUGAAAACCAAUAUAGCUGCAAUAUCUGUGACAGAUCAUUUACUCAAAACAGUUAUCUGAAAAUGCAUUUGAUUGCACACACCGCAGGGAAGAGUUAUCAAUGUGAACUUUGUGACAAAUCAUUUUACAAACAAAGUAGUCUUGCUUCACAUUUGAUAAUACAUACUGGAGAGAAAAGAUAUCACUGCAAACACUGUGGCAAUUCCUUUUCUUGUACGGGUAAUCUUAAAAAACAUAUGACCAUUCAUACAGGAGUGAAGAGUUACCAAUGUGAACUAUGUGAAAGAUCAUUUUUUCAUAAAAGUAAUUUAAAGAAACAUGUGAUUGUACAUACAGGAGAGAAGAGUUAUCAAUGUGAAUUUUGUAAUAGAGCAUUUUAUAGAAAAGAUUCUCUUACAAAACAUAUGAUGAUACACACUGGUGAGAAAAGUUAUCAAUGUGAAGUUUGUGACAAAUCAUUCUACCGAAAACAUAUUCUUGAAUCACACAUGCUUAUACAUACUGGAGAGAAAAACUAUCAAUGCAAGCUCUGUGAUAAAUUGUUCUCUCUGAAAUCUAAUCUUAACAAACAUAUAAAGUUACACAUGAAAGUAAAGGAAUAUAUAUGCAAAGUGUGUGAUGUUUCAUUUUCUUCAAAUAGUGAUCUUGAAAAGCAUACUGCUAUACACACAGGAGAGAAAAGUUAUCAAUGUGAAAUCUGUGGCAAAUUAUAUGCUAGAAUAGGUGACCUUAAAAAACACAUGUCGAUUCACCAGAAAAAAUUAUUAAUUAUAUGUCAUGUGAAUAUGCAGCAGACUAUUUUCUCAUAA